AUGGCAGCGGAACUGGCAAAGCACCUCAACCCCAUCAAAGAAGGCCUCAAAGACCUCACCAGAUGCACGCCAGCAAUGCAGGACAAAAUGGAAGAUAUUCCUGCUACCACCUCCAGCCAUGACAAAGCCAUCCAAGACCUCCAGGAACAAAUACGCAGCUUAGAAGAAGCACAAGAAGAUCUAAACAGCAGAUCUCACAGAAACAAUAUCAGAAUCACUGCCGACAUGCUCAACUCAGCACUCCAGGAAACCUUCUGCGGCCUACUGCCAGAAGCCCCGCCCGCCGAGCUACUCCUGGACCACGCACACAAAGCGCUCCGGCACCAUCGACAGUAG